GUUACCUAUCUCUCUCUCUCUCUCUCUCUCUCUCUCUCUCUCUCAGCUCGAGCGGGAAAGAUCACUAAGAAUCCUGCGCUAAUCGCUUUCUCUUUCGAUACUCUCGCGCGCAAUGCGUAUACGCGGACGUACGUAUUUCGUGGGUCGCAAAAACAUUUGCCUACACUCGUUAAUGCAAGUAUAAAUUUUGUCGGAUUGUGUUGUCAUUGGGGGUAGAAAUCAAAAGAGGUUAUAAGUAUAUCGCACGAGUAAUAUACGUUAAAAUUGAAGAGAAGAGAAAGGCGCAAGGGCUGCGUAGGAGGAGAAUAAUUUUGUCGUCGAAACGUAAAAAGUGAUCGGACUGCAGCAAGUUUAUUUAUUUAUUCUUUUUUUUUCUUUCUUGUAGCGAGUGAUUGAGCCGGGCUAGACAACACUGGCCUUGUCAAUUGAAAUGUAACGUAGCAAGGAAGGUAAGAGAAACACUCGAUUUAGAUACAAACGAUUAGAUACGAUACGCGAAGAUUUUAUUUUUUGAGAAGUUUUGAGGAAUCGCGUAAGCGAAUUAUAAAAGUAAAGUGACGACGACACGCGAACAACAUAAUUGGAUGAAAGGAUGAAUAAAAACACCUGUUAGUGGCUACGUACAAGUACGCAGAGUUAAUUUAAGUUUAAACGUGAACGAAGCACAAGCGGCUUCGUCGGCUAAUUUUUUAUGCUCCACGCGAGCGGAAAUAACAGGAAGGUCGCAAGGCGCAUGAGGAGGAACAUGAGGGACGAGAUGAAGAUGGACGCUAAUCGACUGAUAGCCGAAGUCUACAAGAGGCCCGCGCUCUGGAAUCAACGGCACAUAUCUUAUCACAACCGGGAGAUGACUAAUCGUGUUUGGAUGGAAAUAGCUGGGAUAUUUAAGCUACCGAAACCAGUGUUGAAAGCUAAAUGGAAAGGGUUGAGAGAUACAUUUCGUGCUGAAUUGAAGAAGGAACAAGUUUAUUGCAAAAGCAAAUAUCGAAGAAAUAGACCACUAUGGAUUCAUUUUGAAAGUCUCCAAUUUCUCAAAGAGCAAAUGUUGCCUAGACCUCCUAUUUGGGAGCUCAACACCCGUUCCAUGAAUCGUAGUGAAGAUGAUUGCGAUGGUUCGCAAGAACAUCAUAUGAAUGGUAUAAAUGGUGAUGAUAAUCUUCAGGGAGACCAUGAUGAUUCAUUAACUGAUCACCUAUUGCGUUCCUCCAUUGCCAGAUCAAAUGAAAAUGUUACUCGACAAGGAACAGAAGUUAAAGUAGAGCCAGAAGAGAGAUUUGAUGAUUUGGAAUAUCAUAUUGUUUCACCUAUAAAUAGACUUAGUGAUAGUGAGACUAUGUUACAAACACUCUCUCCAGAGCAAGUACUAUUAACUACUAGUAGCAGUGGAAGAGAUUGCCUACCAGGAAUCAAUGGUACAGGUGAUAGUGAUUCCAGUGUUGGUAUGGCAAUGGAUCCACACGAUGGUCAUCGCCUUGAUGAUAACUAUUAUUUUCUGUUAAGUCUUUUACCUCAUAUGAAACAAUUAUCAGCAGAAAGAAGGAUGUUUCUUAGAAUGAAAAUUCAAGAACUAGUAUAUGAAGAAGUUUAUCAAAAGAAUUCCAUGUCGUCAAAAGAAAAUCCAACAACUUCUUGAGUUCGGACCAGCCGAAGAAGAGAAUGUCAAACCUCUUUGAGGUUCUUAAUAAAGAAACGAAAGACUGAGGAUGAAGAAUAAAGUGUUCUGUGACUUUGCUUUUCAUUAUAGAUGCUCCUCUGUUAUCUUUUUACCGAUCGUCUGCGUGCAAUAUUUUCUAUUUAAUUUUGGUUUUG